UCGAUUGCGUUGCUCGUGACAGGACGAUUCCGGAUUUACUAGCGGCAAAGUGCACUGUGGUGUAUUAGCAGUGCAAAAAAGAUUCAAUAAAAUGGUUGAAAGUGUUUUGGUAACUUGAAAUUGUGCCGUUUUAUUAAACAAAAGGAAUUAAUAUACAGUUCACACAGGCAAACGUUCAUCGCAAAAGUGGUUUUUUGAUACACACACAACACACUCCUAGUGGAUUAAAACUCAAAAUCAAUAAUUCGUUUUAGGCACCUGAAUGAGGAUAUGUGUAAAACUAAAAGGAUAAUUGUGACAAAAAUGUGUUAAUUGUAAACAAGGAAGGAAGGGGAGAAGUUUGUAUUCGUCAUAAUUAAACCCCCACAAUUAGUGCAGCCCAAGGUGUAGAUUUCUGUAAAAUACCUCGAAAACUUCGGACAAGUGUAAAGAAGAGUAAUACGCUUGCCACAAUGGCGGCGCGUUGCUUACUCGUGCAACGGCGGGGGUAUCCGCUACAUAACAGUGAGGUGCGCGAUUCUGUUAAGUUUUCUUCAAAAAACCCGCGUAUUUUUUCAAAUCGUUCGUUUAGUGUCGCGUCGCGUCUCCUCCUUACGUCGCGUUCGUUGUCACUCGCAUUUAUGUUCACCAUCGCUAUCUGCGGAUCGCUCACCGAAAUUCAUGGUGCGCAGGCGCUUAUGAGCACCACUUCCACGUCUAAUGACGGAGUUGGUACAACUAAAAUAGUCGGAAUUUCAGUGGCUAAUGCUGCCCGCAUGUUAGCUGGUAGUGGCGGAUCUGCUGGCAAAGAAUACUCGCUUGUGCUACCACACGAUACCUACCCGGGUUUUAGUAUUAAGAAAUUCAAAACGGUGCCCGUGAAUGAGUCAGCCAAAUGGGAUACAAAGUCCUCAUCGCCAUCACCAACGGCUGUAGGUGCUUACCAUAUGCUUGCGGGAGAUUACUCCAAAUAUUUUACUGUGCUCGACGACGGCGUCGUGAUGACCACAUCCGAUAUCUCACCACUAGUAAAUCGCCCGGUGAAUCUUGUUGUGGUCGAAGAGACACCCAAUGCCACUAAUACGCACAAUUUGCAGUUAUUUGUGAUGCACCGCAGUGACAUGUUGCGCUUUCCUGGCUCAAUGCUUGACGCUAGCGGUGAGGUGCGUGAGAAUCGGCCCGCUGGCACCCGUGUACGAGGAAUCCCGCUGAUGCAAGCUUUGGGUGGUGAUGCGGCGCUGGAAAGUAAUGGUGGCGCUGCGAAGAAGAUUCGUUACACCAUCAUCGAUGGCAAUGAUGAUCAGGCUUUCGCUUUACAGGCACGUAAAUCUGAUACGAAUAGUGAGAUGAGCGUAUACUCCAUUCUAGUAGAUUGCGACGGAGAUACUGGUGUGUGGCUAGUCAUAAAUCGGCCAUUGGAUCGUGAAACAAAGGCCCACUAUGAUCUUUCAGUGCAAGCCUCAGACAUUGAUGAACUCGAUAAGACCGUCUCGAAGAUACAGGUGACUGUAAUGGAUGAAAAUGAUAACCGUCCCAUAUUUAAAUCAAGUGAAUACAAAUUCGCCAUUGCCGGCCAAAAGGAUACUGGGCUAGGAGGCAACAGCACGACUAUGUGGAAACGCUUCUCCAUACUAGGUAAGGUAGAAGCCACCGAUGCUGAUGGCGACAAGAUUGCCUACCGACUGACUGCACCCAGCAAUAUUGUCAUCAUUGUGCCGCAAACCGGUGAAAUUAUGUUGGCCGAUCAACCUCGAACUUCUGAGUUGCUGAUCGAGGUAGAAGCUCAUGAUUUACGCUAUCCUUCUUUGGUAAGCAAGCAGCCAGCCAAAGUAUUGCUUGAGUUCCUAGCUCCCGAGCCGGUUUCCUUUAUAAUGCAACACUUGGAGCACGAUGCUGUCAAUGAGCACUCACAUCACCGCGAAAAGCGUCGGGUAACGCGCGCGGUACGCCCGACAAAACGUAUCGAGUUCACCGAGGCAGAUGGCGAUACCGAAGGUAAAUCUGUCUUCCAACUGGAAAAGGAGACCGAUAAGGAAACCUUUAAAAUACGUGACGACAAUCCUUGGGUGACAGUCGAAACAAAUGGUGCGGUGCGUGUGAAAAAGAAGUGGGACUAUGAAGAAUUAGGACCGGAGAAGACAAUCGAUUUUUGGGUCAUCAUAACAAAUACUGGACAACACGCUGACCUCAAGUACACUGACAAUCAACGCGUUAUCAUCCAUGUGAAGGAUGUCAACGAUGAACCGCCCUAUUUCAUUAAUCGCCCAUUGCCUAUGCAAGCGGUAGUACAACUAAAUGCUCCACCCAAUACACCCGUAUUCACAUUGCAGGCGCGGGAUCCCGAUACCGAUCAUAAUAUACAUUAUUUUAUAGUACGAGAUCGUACUGGUGGUCGCUUCGAGGUGGAUGAACGUUCUGGUGUAGUACGUACACGUGGCACUGAUCUCUUUCAAUUGGAUAUGGAGUAUGUCUUAUAUGUCAAAGCUGAGGAUCAAAACGGCAAAGUUGAUGAUCGUCGCUUCCAGAGCACACCCGAGGAACGGCUAUCCAUUGUGGGUGGCAAGCGCGCUCCUCAGUUUUAUAUGCCCAGCUACGAGGCGGAAAUACCGGAGAAUCAGAAAAAAGAUUCAGACAUCAUCUCGGUGAAGGCGAAAUCGUUUGCAGAUCGUGAGAUACGCUAUACAUUGAAGGCACAAGGACAAGGGGCUGGUACAUUCAACAUUGGGCCGUCGUCGGGUAUCGUCAAGUUGGCGAAAGAAUUGGAUUUCGAAGAUUUGCGACAGCCGCAUGUCUACUCGUUGAUAGUUACUGCCACCGAAGACUCGGGUGGCUUCUCCACAUCCGUUGAGGUACGUACUUACAAACACACAAGUAGUCAGUGGGAAAAUUUAAUGUAUGGUAAUAGAAAAAAUAAUACAAUCAACAGCCGUUCUCACAUCCGAAAAUGCAUUUUUCACCCACGGCGCUGUCCUAAGAAAAUGCGAUUGAAUAUAGCAUGCUGCGAUAGCGCUUGGUGUGCACGCUUCCAUUUGAAAACACAUGUUGCGUUCGAUUUCUAUCACUAUCGCUAUCGCUAUCACGUUGGUGUGCGCAAGGCUUAA